CUGACCGAGCCUGUUUUGAAGUUUCAAAGCUUUGGAGUUGAUGGGAUUUCGAGUUUUCUUUGGGUUCAUUUGUUAGUCAUAUCUGUACAGUUAAAAGGCCUUUCAUGGAUGACUUUGCCUUGGCACUGAAACUGCAGGAGCAGUAUGAUCGAGAAAGAUGCUCCACUUCUAAAUCAGGAGGCCCAACCAGUGACGAUAUGACUGUGAACGACACACUUCUGGCCAAGCAGCUCCAGGAACAGUUCAACCAGGAACUGCCAUCAUCACCACCAUCGUCCUCAUUGUCAACAUCAUCAUCAUCAUGUAGAAGCCCAGCAAAAGGCAUAAACAACAAGACCAUAUCUUUGGUGGAUGAGCGUUGGGAGCUUCUAGAUCCCAAUCCCGAUGCAAGGGCCCUGUUUUUAGAGUUCAAUGACACUUACUUCUGGGGGAGGCUGGCUGGGGUGGAGGUCCGGUGGAGCCCCCGUAUGACCCUCUGUGCUGGACUUUGUUGCUAUGAGGGGCGUGGAGGCCUGUGCUCCAUUAGACUUAGCCUGCCCUUGCUGAAACUCAGGCCAAGGAAGGACUUGGUGGAGACCUUAUUACACGAAAUGAUCCAUGCAUACUUAUUUGUCACUGACAAUAAUAAAGAUCAUGAUGGACAUGGACCUGAAUUCUGUAAGCAUAUGAACAGAAUAAACAAAGAAACAGGGACCAGUAUCAGUAUUUAUCACUCUUUCCAUGAUGAAGUUGAUAACUACAGGCAGCAUUGGUGGAAGUGUGAUGGGCCCUGUCAAAAAAGAAAACCAUAUUUUGGAAUGGUCAGACGUGCAAUGAACAGAGCCCCGUCACCCAGAGACCCCUGGUGGGCAGAUCACCAGAGGACAUGUGGCGGCACCUACCAUAAGAUAAAAGAACCUGAGGAUUAUGGGAAGAAAAAGGGUAAAAAGACAUCCAAAGAUUCCACAGAGUCUGAAACUAAAGAAGUUCCUGAUAAAAAAUCCAAAUAUGGAGCAGAUAUAAGAGAAAUGUUUAAAGGAAAGGGGAUUUUACUGGGUAGCACUGCUGGUAACAGUAGCACAAAUACCACUGAAGUUAAACCAACUUUACCUAAAUUAAACUCCAUAGAAAAUCACUCUAAAAGCCCAGAAUCUGUGCCUGGAAGUUCUACAGAAUCUACAAACAGUAGUAACAAACCAGAAUGCUCCAGUUCAGGCAUGAGUACCCCAACACGUGACACUGUGAUAAAUGCCAGAAAGCGUUUCUUGGACAAUCUUGAGAAGAAGGCGAUACCCAAAGCACUAGGUGGUGGUCAACUCCAGAAGAAGCCCAAACAUGACAGUAAUGCAGCUCUGGGAGUUAAAAAGCCAAAGUAUGACAUCUAUGCUGCCUUGGGUAUUAGAAAGACCAACCACGAUGAAAAAGACGUGAAUCUUGUGAAUGAGAAUCAGAAUAAGAGUGAAAAUCAGAAAAAGAACAUUGUUCUGCCAUCUGAAACUGUAAAACCUUCUACUAAGGCAAAUCAUAGUUCAGGCAGUUCAUCUAAUCCUCAUAAAGAUAUGUCUGACACAGGUGCAAUAUCCCUCUUCAGUGUUAGUAUGGAAGAGAGCUCCAAACAUGGGUCAUGUAAAGACCAGGCUGGACCUAGUUCUCAUAAAAUUCAUGAAAAGGGGAUGAACCUAGGAAGUAUGUCCAGUUUCUCAGAAAAGAGUGGUCAAUCAGAGCCAUCAGGGUUGGGUCAGUCUGAAAUGACCUUUACGGCUAUGACCAAGGUGCCCUGUCCUGUGUGCAGUAAUUUAGUGAUGCCAAGUGACAUUAACAGGCAUCUGGACUCUUGUUUGAUGUGACAACAACAAGUGUGCCCUUAGCCAUUUGAAAGUACCCUUUGAAUUCGGUUACCACCUAAAGAUAUUUUAAAGUUUUAUUUAUGAAGUUUUGUGUAUGGAUAAAGUUUGUGGUGCUCUGUAAUGAAGUGAAUCAUGAAAGGUGACCAAGUGCACUAUUAAAUGUAUUUCUCGGUGUUAGGACCUAAUUUCACAGUACAUUGGCAUCCUAACUGUUUUUACUAUUGUUAUCAUUCAAAUCAAAUCAAGUUUUCACUUUAUUAAUUUGUUUUAAUAUUAUAAAGUUUUAUGCAAUAAACCUAUUUUAUUAAUAGCGGGUGUUUUGUCAGAUGU